GCUGAGACGGCUGCUGAGCUGGGUGGUCCCGCGGUGCCGGGGUUGGGGGGGGACACCCCCUUCUGUGCAAAUUAGCCGGGCACCCCACGGCAAGCGGGGCCUGGGGUCCCCGGGGAGGCGGGGGACAGCGUAGGGACAGACCCAGCACACAGCGGUGCCCGGUGCCUGCCGCCACGGAGGAGCUGGAGGGCAGAGCGGGCGGCUGCAGAUGGCGGGAGCUGGCGGAGGCAGAGCAGCGGCCGGGACAAUGGCGGGAUUGUGCGGCGGUGCCGCUCGGCAUGGCACAGCUCGGCACCGCACCCCGCACCAGCAGCUGGGCACCGCCUUGCACCGCUGGGAUGUCCCCGUGUCCCCGCGGGUGGCGAGGGGCUGCGCUGGGUGGGCGGGGGUGCCCUCGUCCCGCAGUGCCACCCACCGCAGCAGCGGGUGCGCCGGGGGACCGUGCUCCGGGCUCUGCAGCCGUCAGCCCCAGCAGGAGGAGGCUGCAGCUGGUGGGGGCUCGGAGCCGCUGGCACCUGAUUUACGUGGCGGGGUGGGAGCGGCUGGGGAAGACCUCCUUCCAUGGGGGAAGGCGUGAACUGAUGGCGGCGGCGAUGGCAGCGUGCCUGCGGACAGUGUCCUCCCUGGUUUGGCACCCAGACCCCACCGUCGUGUGCCGUGGGAGUGGGGGGACCCCUCGGCGUGGCAGCUAGCCUCACGCGGGCACGGCUCGGGCUCUGCCGGAGCGAUGGGAGGCGAACUCCUGCUGCCCCUCCUGCUCUGCUGCCUGUCGUGGCCGGAGAGCCCCGGUUCACGCCGCGGCAGCCACGAGGCCGGUAAAUCCCGGGCCGAUGGGUGCCGGCACUUGGCUCCCCGCUGGGGCGGAAGAGGUGCAGGGCCGCAGGAAAGGCGGCCGCGGGCGGGCACGAGAUAACGCCGCCGGGCGGUUUUAUCUCACAUCCUCCCGUCCGGCGCUUUUCCUGCCGCGCUCCCCGCUCCGGCCCCAGCACCCGUUGCUUGGGGCGUUAAGGUGUGACCCAUCCUAACGCCUGCGGGGUCGGGUGUCCCCACCUCCCCGGCAGCGGGGGACGGGGGGGUCCCGCUGCAGGGCCCAUUUCGGAUGCUCCCCGGCCUUGCCGUCGCCCAGCACCCCCCUGCCCGGCCGGAGCGCGCCGCUGGGGAAGGGCAGUCUCUCCUGCGGCCGCAGCCCUCCCUCCCCACGUGGCCUGGCGAGCUCCCGGCUGGAACCCGAGCCCUGCAUCGAUCCGCGCUGCAUCUUAAAUCCCGCAGCAGCUGAAGCAAGCGGUUUUUAGCGCGAGGGCGGCGGGGGGGGCUUCUCCACAGGCGAGCCAGCUCUGGCACCGGGGUGAGACGGGCUGUCUUCCUCUGCCAUGGUGGUUGGCGCGGGGGACAUUGUCCCCGUCAGCGUUUUAAUGGCGAUGCCCCUGGCUCGGCUGCCGGGCCGUGUCCAUGGGGAAGGGUCCCGGGCUGCAGCAGGGGUGGCUGGGGCUGCAUCGCGGCUCGGCUGGGACGAAGGGGACACGAAGGGUGAAGGGUGAGCAGGGGUACCCCUCGCUCAGCUGCAUCGCCGGGUCCUGGCAGAGCUCUCUGCACAUGGCUGCGUCCCUGCUUGGACUCCAGAGGGGAGGCAGCCAGGAUAGCCGGGAUGGAGAGACAGGGCAGGCGAGGGGCCUCCUGCCGGCACUGCCCUCCCCCAGCUGCUGCCGGGGUGGGGACGUGGGUUCCUGCUCCGCUAAGCCCUGCAGCUUUUCUCCUCUAAAGCCUGAUUACUCCGGCGGUGCCUGUGCGUGCGUGCGUGCGUGCUCCGGAGGGGAGGAGGAGGAAUUUCACAACAAGUGUUUGCAGCCACGCUGGGCCCAGCUGCCCCAGAGCCGCCCCAGGGACGGCGGCAUCGCCCCCGCUGUGGGGAACGGCGCCGAGGGGGGGCUCCCACCAUUGCUGCUGAGCCCCUGCCUCCGCCACAGCAGCUGGGCGCCUGGGGCAAGGCAUGCCGGGGCACGGCAGGAGGUCAGCAGUGGGGCUUGGAGGUGGACACUGUGGCUCCUCGUGGGGCUUGGAGGUAGAUGCUGCAGCUCCCCAUGGGGCUUGGAGGCGGAUGCCAUGGCUGUCCAUGGGGCUCGGAGGUGGACGCUGUGGCUCCUCAUGGUGUUUAGGGGUGGAUGCCUUGGCUACCCAUGGGGCUUGGAGGUGGACGCUGUAGCUCCUCAUGGUGUUUGGAGGUGGAUGCCUUGGCUACCCAUGGGGCUUGGAGGUGGAUGCCAUGGCUACCCAUGGGGCUUGGAGGUGGAUGCCUUGGCUACCCAUGGGGCUUGGAGGUGGAUGCCACGGCUACCCAUGGCAUUUGGAGGUGGAUGCUACAGUUCUCCAUGAGGCUUGGAGAUAAAUGCUGCAGGGGCUCGGCGAUAGCCACUGCAGCAACCUAUGGGGUUUGGAGGUGGAUGUUGUGGCUCCCCAUGGGGCUCAGAGGUGGAUGCUGCAGCUCUUGGUGGGGUUUGGAGGUGGAUGCUGUGGCUCCCUGUAGGGCUCGGAGGUGGACACUACAGCUCCCUAGGUGGCCUCCUUCUCCUGCCCAGCGCUGGUGUGCAGUGGUGGCCCAGGGACAAGGGUCCAGGAGGAGGAAGAGGAGGAGGAGGAGGAGGGUAGGGGGAGCAGCCCAGCAUGAGCAGGGUGAGCAGCAUCAUCUGGGAGGGCGCAGGGACACGACGGCUGCAGGGUGGGGACCAGGCACCCCUUGCCAGCUUGGUGACAUCCCACGGGCGGCCGUGUCCCAUGUGGCAUGGGGGCCGCAUGCCGCUGGAGCGGAGCAGGAGAUGAGCCCCGUGACUUCCCUGGGGGUGCAGUCCCUGGGGGAGGAGAGCCGGGCACAUAGGGCCUUUAAGCGUCGUAGUGCCAUUGCUCCCAGGCCAGGACUUCCCCAGUGACCCCCCAUUUCUAUCUGGAUGGCGACCCUUUUAAAGAGCAGCGGAACGGAUCUCCACCGAGGUCCGUUCCCUGGAGUUCCUUUGUUUGCGGCGCUGAGACUUUUCAUGGCAGGGGGAGGAAGAGCCGCUUUGAAAAGCCCGUUGGCUCUUGCCAGCGCUAACUCUCUUUUC